AUGAGUCAAGAUUCUAAUGCUAAAAUUAAUUAUUUAUUAAACAUUAUAAAUUCUCAACGGAAACCCCCAAUAAUUAAUAAUCCCAGUAUAUCGUCCAAUACCAACAGAGUUCGAACUAAAACUAAAACAAGAACAAGAACUAGUCCUAAUUCCAAAACAAAGAUUAAGACAAAAACUAUGAACACUAUGAAAACUAACAAUAGAAACUCGAUACUUACUGAAACAGAAGAAUUAUUUACUAAUGAAUCACAAAUCAUUGAAUCAUUUAAUUCUAAUUGUACCAUCGUCGAUUCAAAUUCAGACUUUCAUGAUAAACUACAUGUAUAUAAAUCACCCAUUAUUGAUAUAACGAAAUAUUUCUCACCCACAGUGGAAUCACAAAUGGAUUUAGAAUUGAUAAUAUUAAAUGAAUAUUAUUUAAAAACACAUCAACACCACCAAGAACAACAGAAUGAUGAGGAUGAGGAUGAGGAUGAGGACGACGAGUUGAACUAUUUUUAUAUUGAUGCUCAUUUAAAAUAUAUUUUAUCAUCAUUAAUUGAUCCAAUGCCAUCAGGUUAUCAAGUAUUAGAUGUUAAUCAUUCAUGGAUGAUUUAUUGGUUACUUAAUUCUUAUUAUCUUAUACAAAACCCCACUAUGGAAAUCAAUCAAUCAAUUUUGGAUUUAAUUGUUAAUAAAAUCACUAAAUGUAUAAAUUAUGGGGAUUCAUUAUCUGGAGUCCCUUUUGAUGGAAUUGGUGGCGGUAAUAAUCAAUUGGGUCAUUUGGCUUCAACUUAUGCAGCGAUUUUGACAUUAAUUUUAACUGAUCAAUAUGAAUUAUUAGAUAAUUUAAGAGAAUUAAUUCGUGAUUGGUUAUUAACCUUGAAAAAACGAAGUAGUUGUGGUAGUGGGGCAUCAUUUAUAAUGCAUGAAAAUGGAGAGAUGGAUGCUCGAUCAACUUAUUGUGCCUUGAUUAUUAUAAAUUUAUUAAAUCUUACUAAUUAUGAAGAAAAUUCAUCAUCACCAGAAGAAUUAGAUCCAUUGAUUGAUGGGGUUGAAAAUUGGCUUAAUUCAUGUCAAACAUAUGAAGGAGGAUUUAGUAAUAUACCAAAUACUGAAGCUCAUGGAGGUUAUACAUAUUGUGCCCUUGCAAGUUAUUUCUUAUUAUAUGAUAACCGCAAACAAUUUUCUUCUGGGUCAACAUCAUCAAGUAGUAGGAGUAGGAGUAAUAUUGAUUGGGAAAAAUUAUUGGAAUGGAGUGUUCAUAGACAACAUGAAUUAGAAGGAGGAGUUGAUGGAAGAACUAAUAAAUUAGUUGAUGCAUGUUAUGGAUUUUGGAUCGGUGGAUUAUCACCAUUAUUACAAUUGAUAAUAAUGAAUUCUUCACAAGGACAAGGGCAGCAACAAGAGGUGAAAGUAUUUGAUGAAGAGAAAUUACGACAAUAUUUAUUGAUUAUAGCUCAAGAUGAAUCAGGAGGAUUUAAAGAUAAACCAGGGAAACAAGUUGAUUAUUAUCAUACAAAUUAUAGUUUAUCUGGAUUAAGUAUUCUUGAACAUAGUUAUAAGUUUAGUCAAGAUGAUGAGGGAAGAAGUUUAGCAUUUCAAAUUGAUGUGGAACGAGAAGAAGAAGAAGGAGGAGGAGGAGGAGGAGGAGAUAAUUUUACUAAUCCAAUUCAUCCAGUAUUUGGAAUUCCCAUUAAAUUUGUUAAAAAAUGUCAUGAUUAUUUUAAAUUGAAACCAAUUUCCAAACCGAAGAAAAGAGCAGAACAAAAACGUUAA